UGAAACAAUGGACUGUGAGAGGAGCGUGGAUUGAGGGGGGCGAACGGGGAAGCGAGCUGCACGGGGAAUCAUGACUUCUGCCGCGGAGAUUAAGAAGCCACCAGUGGCCCCCAAGCCAAAGCUUGUGGUACCAAAUAAUAAGCCCACUCCACCUCCUGUUGCGCCUAAACCCGAUAUUGUGAUUUCUAAUGUUCCACAGUCAACAAAGAAAACCAAACCAGCAAUAGCCCCUAAACCGAAGGUUUUGAAGGACUCACCUGUUAGAGACAUCGGGCAAUCACCAUCAAGGAGAAUCAUUGUGAACCUGGAGGAGCAUAAACAGGAAUUACCUGAAAAUGCUGACAACUCUCAUUGUAAAAAUGUAGGGCAUCAGAGCAGCGAUUAUAUUUUACCAGUGUGUUCCUGUAAUUCUCAGUGUAUCCAUAAACUUGGGAAUAGAGAACAUUUGUGUAUGAAGCAGCUUAUCUUAGAGCCCCUGGAAAUGCAAGAAAAUUUAGAAAAUAGUAAAAUUGAUGAGUCCUCUUCAGCUAUAAAAACAAGGAGUAAAUGUGACUCUAAGUUUGAAAAAGCCAAGAGCCAGAGUGGAGUAGUGUUAAAGGCAAACAUCCUAGAAGAGAAGCUCAAAGAUGUUUUAACACAACGAGCAUCACCUUUUAUUUCCUUACAGAAGCACAGAUCCACAGACAACCCAGAAAUGAAUGAUGGCUAUAAUUCCAGCAGGCAAUUCAGAAUUGAGAUUGCAGAUUUGUCACCUUCCCUGUCCAGCCUUGAAAAAGUUCCUGAUCAUCACCACUGCCACCUACAGCUUCCUAGUGAUGAAACUUAUCAACAUAGCAGUGAAAAAAGCAAUAGUUGCUUUCAUUCAUCUGAACAAGAAGCUUUGGAAAAUGGUAAAAGUACUUUUCCAUCUUCAGAUGGAAUUAGUAAGAACUCAGAAGUCAAAGAUCUUGGUCCCUUAGAAAUUCACCUAGUACCAUAUACCCCCAAAUUUCCAACUCCCAAGCCCAGAAAGACACGGGCUGCUCGUCUAUUACGCCAAAAGUAUAUAGAUGUUCCUAAUGAAAGUACUGAAGAACCAGAGAAUUUAGACAGUAACCCUUCUUGUCUUUUAGACACUGGUUUGAAAAGCAGUAAAAUCGGUGUUCUUCAUCAGAAUGUUUUGUGUAACCAGGAACAAGUGGACAAAGUGAAACCAGGAAAUAAAAGUGAACUGAAUGUGGAUUCCAAUAGUGACGGACAAGAUUUAGUCAAUCCACAGAAAGUUAUGUGUCAUGAAACAUCUUCCUUUGAAAAAACAGAAACAGAUUCUAAUUUGAGUUCUGACAUCCAGAGAGUAGAUGGUUCCGGUAUGCCACUUGCUGUGGACAAAGGGACCAGUUUUAUAAGAUGCAGUGCUUUAUCUAUGAGCCUCCCUAAGCAACUCAAAUUAACUUGCAAUGAACAUUUGCCUACUGCUUGUAACCUGGGAGUGUCUACCCCUCAAAUACCAAAGGAAUCUACAAUAAAAGGUGAAAGUUCCUCAAAAAUUGUCCCCAAAAAACCUCAAAGACACAGCUUGCCUGCUGCAGGAGUACUUAAAAAGGCUGCCUCAGAGGAGCUUGUGGAGAAAAGUUCUUAUCCCUCAAAUAAAGAAAAUAAUUCAGAGAAGGGUCUAGAAAGAAAUCACCUUCGGCAUUUGUGUGCCCAAAACCAUGGUAUGUCGUCCUCUUUUGACAUGACUAAACGGGCUUCAGAAAAGCCAGUGUGGAAAUUACCUCAUCCUAUUUUACCCUUUUCAGGGAACCCAGAAUCCUUAAAGUCUGUCACCGUAUCAUCAAAUAGUGAGCCUUCAACUGCCAUAACUAAGCCUAGAGCGAAAUCAUUAUCUGCUGUGGAUAUGGAGAGGUGCACCAAGCCUUGCAAAGACUCUCAAAAGAAAAACUCUUUAAAGAAAUUGCUCAACAUGAAACUGUCCAUCUGUUUCAUGAAGAGUGACUUCCAAAAAUUUUGGUUCAAGAAUAGCCAAGUUGGAGAUACAACCACAGGCAGCCUCUCAGGUGGUGAGCGGAAAGGGAUGGAAAGUGAUUGGAAUGGCACAUCGGUAGAAGAAAAGAAAAGUAAGCCCAUCAAAGCAUAUUCUGCAGAUAACUACAGCCUAGACUCCCAAAAGAAGAAGAAAAAGUCUCGGGGCCAGAUCAGUACAGCAAAUGGACCAAGAGCUGAGUCUUUGGAUGACCAAAUGCUCUCCAGGGAGCCAUCAUCUCAGACACCUUGCAAAUCUAUUACAAGUGGCUGUGCACCAGAGUAUGAAAAUAUACGCCAUUAUGAGGAAAUACCAGGGUAUGAGAACUUGCCAUUUAUUAUGGCCAUAGGGAAAACUCCUGAAUUAGAAUGGCAAAAUUCCAGAAGCAUGGAGGACACUGAUGCAAAUGUGUAUGAGGUGGAAGAGCCAUAUGAGGCUUCAGAUGGCCAGCUGCAACUUGGACCCAGACAUCAGCAUUCCAGUUCUGUAGCAUCCCAGGAGGGACACAAUGAUCUUGACCUUGGUCUUGAUGACCUUCCUUCAGAUGAGGAAGAAGACCUCAACAGUUCUGAUGAAGAUGAUGUCAGCUCUGAUUCUAGUAAAGGGGACCCUGACCUGGGAGACAGACAGGAUGAAGAUACUGGGAUGAAAAGUAAAGUCCAUCAUAUUGCCAAGGAGAUUAUGAGCUCAGAGAAAGUGUUUGUGGAUGUGUUAAAACUUUUGCAUAUUGAUUUCCGAGAUGCAGUGGCCCACGCUUCCAGACAACUUGGGAAACCCGUGAUUGAGGACCGCAUUCUAAAUCAGAUCCUGUACUACUUGCCUCAGCUCUAUGAGCUCAACCGGGAUCUCUUGAAGGAAUUGGAGGAAAGAAUGUCAAACUGGACUGAACAACAUAGAAUUGCUGAUAUCUUUGUAAAGAAGGGACCAUAUCUAAAGAUGUACUCCACAUACAUCAAGGAAUUUGAUAAGAAUAUAGCUUUGCUGGAUGAGCAGUGCAAGAAGAACCCAGCAUUUGCUGCUGUUGUUAGAGAAUUUGAGAUGAGCCCACGCUGUGCUAAUCUGGCCCUCAAGCACUACUUACUCAAGCCAGUCCAGAGGAUCCCCCAGUACAGGCUACUGCUGACAGAUUAUUUGAAAAAUCUUCUAGAGAACGCUGGAGAUUUCAGAGACACUCAAGAUGCCCUUGCUGUUGUUAUUGAGGUAGCCAACCACGCCAAUGACACCAUGAAGCAAGGAGACAACUUUCAGAAACUUAUGCAGAUUCAGUACAGCUUAAAUGGACACCAUGAAAUAGUGCAACCUGGACGGGUUUUCCUGAAAGAAGGAACUCUGAUGAAGCUGUCCCGGAAAGUCAUGCAGCCCCGAGUGUUUUUCCUGUUUAAUGACGCCCUGUUGUAUACAACACCAGUGCAGUCUGGGAUGUAUAAACUGAACAACAUGCUUUCGUUGGCUGGAAUGAAGGUCAGGAAACCUACCCAAGAAGCAUAUCAGAAUGAAUUAAAGAUUGAAAGUGUAGAGCGUUCCUUUAUCCUGUCGGCCAGUUCUGCCACAGAAAGGGAUGAAUGGCUAGAAGCGAUUUCCAGGUCAAUAGAAGAGUAUGCUAAAAAAAGAAUCACAUUCUGUCCUAGUAGGAGUCUUGAUGAGGCUGACACAGAAAAUAAAGAGGAAGUUAGUCCUCUUGGAUCAAAGGCUCCCAUCUGGAUCCCUGAUACCAGAGCCACAAUGUGUAUGAUCUGCACGAGUGAGUUUACUCUGACCUGGAGACGACACCACUGCCGGGCGUGCGGAAAGAUUGUAUGCCAAGCUUGUUCGUCAAAUAAGUAUGGUUUAGAUUACCUGAAAAAUCAACCAGCAAGAGUAUGUGAACAUUGUUUCCAAGAACUGCAGAAACUAGAUCACCAGAAUUCUCCUAAGAUUGGAUCUCCUGGAAAUCACAAAUCUCCUUCAAGUGCCUUAUCAUCAGUCUUACAUAGUAUUCCAUCAGGAAGGAAACAGAAAAAAAUCCCAGCUGCUCUCAAAGAAGUAUCAGCAAACACAGAAGAUUCUUCUAUGAGUGGCUAUUUGUACAGAUCAAAGGGCAAUAAAAAACCCUGGAAACACUUGUGGUUUGUCAUAAAAAAUAAAGUGCUGUAUACAUAUGCUGCAAGUGAGGAUGUGGCAGCUUUGGAGAGUCAGCCUUUACUAGGAUUCACUGUCACUCAAGUCAAAGAUGAGAAUUCAGAGUCUAGAGUGUUUCAAUUGCUACACAAAAACAUGUUAUUUUAUUUGUUUAAAGCAGAUGAUGCUCACUCAGCUCAGAAGUGGAUAGAAGCAUUUCAGGAAGGCACAAUAUUGUAGCGAUAUUGGUUUCAUCUCUUCUGUGAUUUCACAUAGUGGAAUUUCAAAAUGGAGUAAAUGCAGUACAAAAAUUGUACAUAAAUGAACACUGCCAAGAAAACCCAGCCAAAAUCUUCAUCAAAUAUUAGAAAUUAUUGUGUUGGGUAUAAGGGUUUUUUUUUAAUGUUUGUUUUUUUCAUGUAUGUUAUUUAUUAAAUUUUGAUGUUUACUGAAUGGUCAGAAUUAUUUCUGAGACUCACACUGAAUUCUAAAGUACCUUUUCUUUAGGAACCAGAAAACUUAAUACUGUAUGUUGUAUUAACUGUUUGUGACACAGAUUUCUCCAUGUGUUUAUAGUGUUUCAUUGUAACAUUCUCAUCUGAGGUAAUAAGUUUUUGUAAAUACAAAACCACACAUCAAGGAGAAAAUUUCCAUGCAGUGUUUGGUUUAGAAAUUAUUAUAAAACUGCUGAUGGGAAAAAAUGUAUGUUUUUGAAUCAAUAAACGUAGAUAAAAUAUUUGUAUCUUUUAAUGGAAAAAUACGUGGCCAACUUCUACCUCAGCAACUGUGAAAUGAAAUUCCAGUAAAUUAUCUAGAGUAUUUCUGUUAUACCUCUUUUGGCAUGAGAUAAUGUUACAUCAUCAAGGAAUUACAGCAAAGGGAUAGAAUCUGAAAGUUUUCAUUGAACUGAACUAUAUGAGUAGUAGGAAAGAGGAUGUUUUCAUUUGCAGAGAACACAAAUAAUUAAUUCUAUGGUCUUUCUAUUAAGUCUAAUCCUUUUUUUAAAGCUGCAAACAUAGAUGUAUUAUUUUUGUAAGUAAACUAUGAUAAGCAUUAUAUUACACAAUAUCCUUUCUAUUAAAAGUGUUCUGAGCCCAAGUAA